GUUAUUUUAAAAUAAGCUACUUCCGCUAUUUAAAGUUUAUUACUUCAGUAAAUUAAGUUUUUAUUAGAAAAGGAAAUAGCCGGAGGAUCUAGUUUUACUUUAUCUUACCUCUUUUCAUGGUUGGUAAUAAUCGAUCAUUUUCUAGCAAAUAAACAGCUAGUUAAUUCCGACCUUUUACGCCCCUGGACAAAUUUUUAUUCAUUAAGUCGAAAUCAAGUAAUGAAUCAUAUUAUUAACCGACAGAACGAUAUUAAAUGCAUAUCGCACAUUUUUUCUGUCAUAACCCUCUUCAUUUAAUAUCAUUUAAUGGAAAAAUAUAUUGUAAAAUGAUCGUGUAUGAUAUUCUCUUCCUUGUAGUUUUCUCCUUAGUAAAAGAUUGAGCCUGGGAGAAAGGUCAUUUUCCAAAUUAAAUUAAUUUAACAAGAGAAUCAGAGAAAGAAAAUUGCAUUUUUUUUCAGUUUCCCUGUCAGCUGUUUAUCCUCAGUUCUAGGUGCAGAUUUACUUCUUAGGGCAAAAACUUUACAAGAAUCUCUAAGAGCUCUACUCCAUCUAACGGUCUGCUGUCAUUUCUCUAUUCAAUCGAGCCUACCACCAGAUGGUGCUCCCUAGAACCAAAAAACUUCGCUAUCCGUACGCAUUCUGCAUAGUUAUAUAAAAUAUUAACGAACAAAUCGCAGCAAAAAUAAAUCAAAUUUGUUCGACAACCCGAUCGGUAGAAAAUUGUGUUUGCCCAUGGUUUUUUGUAACGUAGGCCAAAAUACGACCGCAAAAAUUUGCAGACUGCUCUGAAAUAAUCCGGCUUCUAUUCGCAGCUUUUACGAAGGGGAUAGUGCGAACGUGUCUCGGAUUCUGGAUUCACUACUCCGAGGAUACGACAAACGGAUUAGACCGAAUUAUAGGGGUAUAGAAUGAGAAGCGUCUCUUAAUUAGCUGACGCCUUAUCAUAAUAUCUAGGGGAAAUUUGCUCUGAACCAUUUAUUAUCUUUUCUGAUUUCUUAACUGAUCAGGUUCACCCGUAGAAGUUGGUGUCACAAUGCACGUACUAAGCGUCUCUAGUAUAUCAGAGGUUGAUAUGGACUAUACAGUAGACUUCUACUUCCGACAACACUGGACAGACCCUAGAUUGGCUUUUGACUAUGACGAAGAAUUGUGCAUUAGUACAGAGAUGCUUGAUCGGAUGUGGUGGCCGGAUACAUUCUUUGCCAAUGCUAAACUAGCCAAGUUCCAUUAUGCGACAACAAAGAAUCACUUCCUCCGAAUUAGGCCGAACGGCGACGUCCUGCAUAGUCUUAGGUAUAAGAUUCCAGUCGCGAGUUUAACGGAACUGAUUAUGUUUAUACUGGCCCGCAGGCUGACCGUGACCGCAAUGUGUAAUAUGGACCUGACAUUCUUUCCAAUGGACAGCCAAAUAUGUUCUUUAGAAAUCGAAAGUUUUGGUUACUUAAUGAAAGAUAUUCAUUAUAAGUGGUUAGAAGAGGGAAAAUCUGUAAAAUUUGAAAAAGGAGUACAGAUGCCCCAGUUUGUCAUACACAGUCAUCGACAAAAAGAAAAAGUUAUUGGGACGAGUACAGGAAAUUAUUCGCGACUGGCUUGCGAAUUUCAUUUUGUUCGAAGUAUGGGCUAUUAUAUCAUACAAAUUUAUGUCCCUAGUAUUUUGAUUGUUAUAUUAAGCUGGGUAUCAUUUUGGCUGUCAAGAGACGCCGUCCCAGCUAGGGUUGCUUUGGGUAUUACAACCGUUUUAACAAUGACAACUCUUAUUUCAAGUACGAAUGCUUCUUUACCGAAGAUUUCCUAUCUGAAAUCGAUCGACGUCUAUUUAGUUACAUGCUUUGUUAUGGUCUUCAGCUCAUUAGUAGAAUUUGCAUCUGUAAGCUAUCUCACUCAUAGGAAUUCAAAAAUAGUUCGAACUCAAAGUAACGGAGUGGCUGAAACUGAAGUUCGGCAAAUAUCUAACGAUAAAUACCAGAUCCGUGCACUUUGUAAAUCAACAGCUUUAGACGCCGCUAAACCUUUGUCGGAAGUGACAAGGAAUGCCAUAAGGAGCGGUGUCGACCGUAAAAUCCCGUGUGCAGCAUGUUUAGCGGCUCCUGGAGUUAUUGAAAACAUAGCAAGAGUUUGUUUUCCUGUCAGCUUCUUACUUUUUAACUGCAUUUAUUGGGUGGUAUAUCUGCAUAUUUCAAAAAAGAAGCCGGAAGAUAUGACCGAUUUUGUUCCCAUCUGAGGUAUUCUCCCCUUCAUUCUCCUCUGUCACGUGAUCCAUCAAAAAUAAAGCUUUACAUCAUUUCUGAUAUUAAAAUAUUGCUACAUCGAUAAACAAUUUUUUGGCGUUUUGUUUAAUUAGACAUGACAAGCAACUGACUCCCAAGAGAAAACCAUCUUUUUUUUUAUCGGAAACUCAUCCUUUUUGUGAUAUUCUGAUAUGAUUUGAUGAUCAGAGUGUUAUUUGUAUGCUGAAAGAGAAUGGAAAAAAAACGGAUAGAGUAUUACCCUUUAAAGUACUAACUGCUUCUUGCAUAAGGCUUAAAUAUAAAGUGACACCGUAUGGUAUGUGACGUUUAUGAAAUACCUCAAGAAAGAGAGACAGCUCAAUUAAGGUUGAAUAAAUAAUUGAAAAAAAAAAUUCAAAUAAGCCGUUUAGGUUUACUCGUUUUAAAAAUUGUAUUUAAAUAUUCAUAAAGGCUUAAAUAAAUACAAAUAUUAUUGACGAAAAGGAAAAAAAAGGUCAUUUUACGUAGUUUAUUGCGAAAGUCCGGUCGCAAGUGGAAAUUCGACAAGGAUUCAAUCAAUAUUUACAAGCGCACUAAGCCAAGUUGCUAUCGAUCGAAUAACAAACAAUGUUAAUUUCUUUUUUCCUUCUAUAUAUCUUCGAAUUACGUGAUAUUCAGUCAUCAUCGAAUUUCGAUAGAUGGCGUUUUUCUAUUAAACUUUUUUCAUUUAAUCCAAUAUUUGUUUAUAUAUAACAUUAUAUAUAAUUUUGUUGUAUUAAAAUCCUUAAAACUAAUAGGCUAA